AUGACCGCCGAUGGCGGUUCACUGCAGCAGACCCCAGCCAAUGACGAUGACAACAUCCAGGUAGACGCUGGCCUUGCCACUGAAGGUUGGGCGACCCAAACGGGAGGCAGGGCCCAAGGCAGGGCCAAAGCGACAGCCACUACGUCCAGGCUGCCGACUCCGGCGCAUCAUCGCAAUCGACGCGCCAAUUCCAUCCUCAAGCCCAGAGUCACCAGACAUCAAACCCCGUCUCAAACGGCCGCUCUUCACAAGGCUGUCACCAUCAAACUUGAACCCGAAGUACGGGAGAUUGAUUACUCUGUCCGCACCGAUUCGGAUGAGCCUCCUUCGUCGCCAUCGUCUGAGAAUGAUGCUGACGAAUAUUUCGAAUUGAACGACGUCGAGAUGUCAGAUCCUCCGCCUCCACAACGUCCCUCCCUCAAACUCAAGCUCGGUGGCAAGAACUUGGUUCCUCAAGGAGAUGCAAUUCAGACUGCGCGGACCCCAGUAAUUCCUGCCAGCGCAACGCGAACGCCGUCGAUCAAGCUCAAGUUCGGUGGCACGCCUCAUCCCAUCCCUGAAGCUCCCGCUCCAAAGUCAAAGAAGAAAGAUACGACAACCAUCCCGCCUGGCCCUACUUCGAAGAAAAGAAAACGACCAUCAAACGCGAAUAAUCUUGAAAAUGAACCUGGUCAACCGGCACCCAAACCUCCCGCGAUCCGCAAAAUCACUUUAACACAAUCCACGCAGCCUCCCCCGCAGCCGAAGUCUGCACAAACACUGAAAAUCAAGUCCAAAGGGAAAAUCCCCAAGCGACAACUUGGGGUGGGCUACGACUCGGAGCUUGAGGAUCGUGAGGUCGAUCCCGUCAUCCAUGAGGGCUUUAUUCUACGAAUGCCACCGGGGCCAGACUGUGACUAUCUGAGAAAAGCGAUUGAGGAAGGCACAGUCGGUUCUCGGACAAAAGGUGGGGCGGACAUCAGUAUGAGGAUGCUAGACACCCAGGGGAGGAGAGGCAUCUUGACGAUCAAAGGCAACCAUUACGCUACAUCGCUGGUCGAUCUUCCCUGCAUCGUUGAGGGGAUGAAGUCGUGGGAUAAAAAGGGCUGGAUCAAGAGUAUAGACAUCAACCAGAUGCUGUUGGUUCUGGGUCCGUGUAAAACAGAUGAUGAGGCCAGGAACUACGCUCUCCCUGAAGAUGUGGAUCCAAAGAACUACCAAUACGCUCACGGACUCACCGCCCCGAUGAAAUGGGUGCGAAAACGCCGCUUUGCCAGAACCAAGCGCGCUCGAGUCGAUGACAUUGAAGCUGUCGAGCGAAGGGUCAACGCUCUUCUCGAAGCAGACAAGGCCGCCAUCAGUUCCCAAUAUCAACUUCUGGAUCACGACCCUCGUCUUGACGAAGAACGCUACAGCCCCGACAUGGAUGAUGAGGAUGCCGAAGGAGAGGACGAUGAAGAAGCUGAUGGAUACUUUGCAAUACGCCAUGGUCAGCAUGACGGUGCUUUUGUUGAAACUCCGAUGUUCACGGAAACUCCUGUCGAAGACAUUGGCCAGGAUGAGGUCGAUGAAUUCGAACGAAUGUUUGCCGGGGAUGACGAUGCUCCUACAACACAGGCGACGUCUCAAGCGCACAAUACCUUACAUGUUCCGGAGGUGGGAGAUUCUUCAUUUGCCGUCACCAGCACCUCCGCAUCACCGUCCAUCACGGUGGCACAUACGCCCGCAUCGGGGGCUGAGCCGACCUCUGACGAAGAUGACGAUGACGAUGGAGGUGAAGAUGACGAAGAUCUGGAUGAUGCGGAGAAAGAGGGUGACGAAAACCUGCAACAAGUCAAGGACCGAAUUGAAGACAUGCAACAGAAGAUCGCGGAGCAGACCGAGGUGCUCAAGAAGACCCAGAAUGCAAUUCUCAAGAAAAAAUUGGCCCGCAAGAUUCAAGAUUUGAAGGAUGAUGUGGCCAUGAUGAAGAAGAGUGCAGGUUUGCGUGGUGAUGAAGAUGAUGACUAA